AUGAAGCUCGUCACCCUGAAAACAACUACAUUUCUCGCCCUCCUGACCCCAAGUAUCCUAGCCUGGGAUGAAGGCAUAUCCGAGCGUGAAGACCCCUAUACCCGGGUUUUCCUCUCGGAAUACAACACCCGCAAUACAAUCGGCAUAGUCUCUCUAACAGACGCCUGGCAGAACAACUACUGCACCGAUAUCUCAUCAUACCAGGCAACAAGGAUCGAAGUUGAUAGAUGGAACUGCGGGACUCAGCGAUGUACUGUCUUCAGCUCAGCAGAUUGCACUGGUGAGGGAAUUGCCUUCUUCAGCCGGCCGUCAGACCUUGGUAUCGCUGAAUGGGGCAUUGACCCGUGGGGCUCUGUGGUGUGCGAGUGGGUGGAUCGCAAUUCUUGUGUCGCGGCGCAAAGUGAGAAAGCGCGUACUAAGUCUACUCCCACGUCCAUGUCGAAGAAGUGGUAG